AAAUGCAGAUACUUCAGCAACUACAUUAUAUAAAUCGGUACAAGUUAUCGAUUAUAUUAAAGAUUGUGGCGUGACAAAUCCAAAAAUGAAAAGGGUACUUUCUGUUGAAGACCAUGUUAAGGUUAACGAAGCUCUGAAGGGUGUUAGGGUGAAGUUAGUCUCAGGACCGGUCAAUUAAGACACUACACAGUGUCAGGAAUAUCGGCUCAACCAUUGAACGAACUAGAGUUUCCUUUUGGCGGAGAAAUGGUGUCAGUUGUUGAGUAUUUCAAAAAUAUAUACAGAAUUCCCCUGCACUAUUUGUUCUUGCCUGCUAUUCAAGUUGGAAAUGAUACAAAACCGGUCUAUCUGCCCAUGAAGCUUUGCAAGAUUAUUGAAGGACAAAGACAUGAUUUGAAAAGGUUGAAUGAGAAGGAGGUGGCUGCCCUGCUGAAGGCAAACUGUCAGCCUCCUAAUGUCAAUGAAGGAGAUAGUAAUCGGAUGGUAGCGCGUAACAAUUACAACAAUAAGAUGAUUGUGAAUGAGUUUGGGCUUCAAGUAAGUGCUGAACUUACUUCUAUUGAUGCACGAGUUUUUCCACCUCCAACGCUUCAGUAUCAUGGUACUGGGCAUGAGGCACUAGUCAAUCCAAAGAUGGGCCAAUGGUGCUUGUUUAAAAAGAAAAUGUUUAAGGGUGGCAAGGUGGAGUCUUGGACAUGUAUCAACUUUUCACAAAUAAAAACAGAAGGGGCAUCUGUUUUUUUGCUGGAAGCCUUUGCUUCUGAUCCUAAUGAUAUUGAGGAAGAGCUAACUGAAAUUUAUAGUAGAUCGUCAAGCCCAACUUCAGUUGUUAAUUAUUAUUUUGCCCGAUGGACAAUCAAACGUAUAUGCGAAACGAAGUUGGGCAUAGUUUCACAAUGCUGUCAGCCUCGGAAAGUACUACAGGGUUUGAUGCAGCAUCUUAAAUCCGUGGUACUUAAGAUCAAUGUGAAGGUUGUUGCCUCUAUUGACUGGCCGGAAGUAACGUACAGAGCAGUUGUCUCUGCACAGCCACCUCGGAAAGAGAUCAUCCAGAAUCUCUAUACUGUCACUAAAGCUCCUAUUAAGGGCCUAGUCCACGGUGGGAUGAUCAGGGAACUUCUAAUGGAAUUCAAUAGGUCCACGAAUCACAAACCUAAAAGAAUCAUAUUCUACAGAGAUGGCAUCGGUGAAGGCCAAUUUGCACAAGUUUUGCUGUUUGAAAUGGAUGCCAUCCGGAAGGCUUGUGAGUCUUUUGAGGAAAAUUAUCGGCCAUUGGUUACCUUCGUGGUAGUGCAGAAAAGGCACCAUACAAGUCUGUUUCCAGCGGAUGGUACAAUUCACAACAUUUUACCGGGUACUGUUGUGGACAACAUGAUCUGCCACCCUACCCAAUUUUAUCUUUGCAGUCACGCAGCUACUAAGGGUGUUAGCCGUCCCAAACACUACCAUGACGAGAACAACUUCACUGCAGAUGGCCUUCAAACACUGGCAAAUAAUCUGUGUUACACCUCUGCAAGGUAUACAAGAUCGGUUUCCAUUGUGCCUCCUGUUUAUUAUGCCCAUUUAGCUGCAAAUCGUGGUCGUUGUUAUAUGGAAGAUGAUAUGUCGGACACUGCCUCUACAAGCGGUGGCAGGGGCUCAAGAGAGAGGGACGUGGAGGUCCGGCCACUUCCGGGCAUCAAAGAAAAUGUCCAAGCUGUCAUGUUUUACUGCUGAAAUACAGUAAAACAUCACAGCUUUUGAGUGAAGUAUAACUUUUCAUUCGAGUGUAUUAAAUGAAUAUUUUUUUAAUUAGAUGAUGGUCAAUCCUUGGUGAUAUUAAUUUUUGUCUCACUACACUAAUUAUAUAUAGUUCUACACAUGAAAGUAGGAAUUUUCGUAUUUAAAGAAUUUUUG